UCCUAUCUUUAUAUCCAAAUCUUCUUUACUGUUUCUCCUAAAAUCGAUUUGACCUAAUAACAUGGACCGAACUUAACCACCCGAGCUUUUGAACCGAACUCUCAGACCAAAUUCUUGUAUUUAGCAGACCCUGCUGAGAGAUGCAAUUCCUCUCCAACAGAUCCGACUAUGUAUUAUUAUUACUUCUGCUAGCAAAAGAGGCAAUGUUUUUCUAAAGACCUAUUUAGAAUGGAUAUUUCAUAUAAUUUAAAAUAUUCUAAGAAACUGUACAAAAAUGUAUACAUUUUUUUUUGAUAGAUUCACUAAUUUACAAAGUUUAAAAUUUUCUGAUGAAUAACAGUCCUCUUGAGCAAACAAAAUACUCAAAUAAACCAAUUUAAAGUUUUAAACUUUUACACACAUAUAAGUAAAGAAAGACAACAGAAAAUUUAACCAAUCAGAAUUUCGAAUGUUGAGUUUGUAUUUAGCCAAAUUUCUUUAAAUUUCUAUUCAUUGUUUUAAUUAAUUGGCCAUAAAUAAAACCUACCUUCUCUCACCAAAGACUCGCUCAAAAGUUCUCACGCACCUUGCCUUUCUCCUCGUUUCUCUCUUCCCCACUGAUAUUACCCUUUCCACACGCAACCUCGGAACAAACCCUUUUUCUUCUUCCUCAAGAAAUAUUUGAAACAAGUCACAGUAUUUUCUUUUCACUCCAGGGUCUUCAAAAUGUCUACUAUAUCCACGACCGAAACAAAUGAAUUCAAACCAGUCCACACCCUCGUUUCCACACCGGUCACCAUAGUUUUGACCGGUGGUCUUCUCUUCAUCAUUCUCACCGGUUUCUUCUCCUUCUUCUACUGUGGAUCGUUUCUCCAAAAACUCUUAACCAGUUGGAACCUCCAUCGAAACCGUAACCGUCCCAGCAACCUAAUACAACCUUCCACACCACCUGAAAACACCGGACUCAACUCCAAGAUCAUCCAAUCUUUCCCUGAGUUUCCUUACUCGGUGAAAGAUCGUGGGAUGGACCAAUGUUCCAUUUGUUUAUUAGAAUUUAUGGAUGAUGAUACCAUGAGGCUCAUUUCAACUUGUAACCAUGUUUUUCACACAAUCUGCAUUGAUCUUUGGUUUGAAUCACACAAGACCUGCCCGGUAUGCCGACGUGAACUUGAUGUAGACCGGACCUCGCUGGAAAAGCCACCCAAUGUUCCUGAAAUCGACCUGGUUAGAUCUGAAAACCAUGAGGAGCCUUUGUCCCGCGACACAUUGACAAUCAUCGUCCAUGAGGAGCAUCCUACCAUUGGUAGUUUAGACCAAACAGACGAAAUCGAAAGCUAUGAAAGACGAAUGAAGGAGUCGAAUUUGCGGUUCUGGAGGUCACAUUCUACUGGACAUUCUAUUGUUGUCAAGACCGAAAACGACCAAGAAGCAGAAGAACAAGAAAAAGAAGAGUUUAAGAUACAUAUUGAGAUCUCAGGAGAAUGUCAAUUUGAAGAUCACAAGAGGACGUUACCAAACAGGAAUAUGUAUUGCGUUAGGGGAACUUACUCAGUUGGAUAAAGCUCAAGAAUCUGAACUGGGCUAGGCUAAUAUAUUAUCAUCAUCAUCUAUAGGA